AUGCUGUAAAGGAAAUCUAAGUAUCUUUAGUAUUUGAAAUCUCAACUUACCGCUGUAUCAGAUGGCAUUAAAGUUUGUAUGACACAAUUUGAUUUCAUCUGCUGAAUCAACUGGUUCCAGUCAUUUUUGUGUCAUUGAACUAUUUAUGACAUCUGUUUAAGAUUAUCGUGCUAAAUUAUGUUAAACAGAAAACUUUCCUGGCAUAGUGACAUUGUUGACCUUGUGGGCGACAGCUUUGAAACACAUUUAAAAAUGGGGAUUGAGACAACGAGAACUCGUAACUUCAGUAUUUCUAAAGUCCCCCCCGUCCACCAGCCACACAAACGCCACUGUGUGAGUCAACUCGUGGCAGCUGGGUUCAAAUGGUGGAUGUUUCCCGUUGACUCAUCAAAUCGCAGUCCGGUUGAUCCAGUUCCAUCUUUUCCCGUUCGCUCCGUGGAGCUGUAAAGUGUGACAGUUCAAUCCGAGAGGAACUCGCCUCCCCUGGAUUUCCUCACCGCUCCCGCUGCUGCUGCUUGACUACAUUGUAUCGGUUCCCACACGAAGAGAAGCAAGCGCGGUGCUCGUCCACAAACGGCGAAUACGGAGGAAUUAACCUGGAUGGAAAGCAGUUCAUUGUGGAAUUCGUUUGGAGAAGGUAGCGACAGAAGAACCCAUUCGUUAAAAGCUUGGGAACGCAGCGGUAAACAUGAGUUUGGGACUCGGCUGUUUUCGCUGAGGACGUUGUCUCGAAGUGUGAUGGCAGAAGUCCAGUGAAUCGCUGGCCUCCCCUCCUCUCUUGUGUUGGGUGUCUGGGGGAGUGCGCUGCCAUUGGUUUCUACUAGAGCUUCAGAUUUUAUUUAGAGGUUUUAUUGCAACUCAUCCGCCUUACAUUGAUUUGUUCUUUAUACGGAGCGCACACCACCAUGGACGGAGAACGGUUUGGAAUACGAUUGUUUAGUUAAGUCGGGCAGAAUGUGGUUAAAUGGGACAGGAAGGAGUAGACCGUGAAGAUUCUCUAACCCUUGUCCCUGACUCCCAACCGUCUGAGAGGGUGUCGGACCUCACUGAGGCAAUCCUGGGCCGUUGGCACUAAAAUGUCCCUAAGUGGUGGCACUGCAGGCGGGAAAGGUGUGGACUCUAAUGCGGUGGACACUUACGACAGCGGGGAUGAGUGGGAUAUCGGUGUUGGAAAUCUGAUCAUUGACCUCGACGCUGAUUUAGAGAAGGACAAACUUGAGAUGUCUGGCACCAAGGACGGCAUGGCAGCACCACCCAGUGCAGUGGCAGCGUUGCCUGACAAUAUACGGUUCGUUAGCCCGGUCUCUGGUGCUCAAGGCAAGGAGAGCAAAUCCAAAUACAAGCGCAGUAAGAACUCUAAAGACAAUAGCAGCAAAGCUUCUGCAGAUGGGGGUAAAAAAGAAGCUACCGGACGGACUCAAGGGGAGCCAACAGGUGGAGCAGCGACCGGAGUAGCUGCCGGCAACAACUCCACCUCCGGGAAGAACAUGGAAAAAGGGGGCAAAGCCUCCCGAGGGGUUCUCAGUGGUAAAAAAGACAAGGAAGGGGCCAGUGGGAAAAAUAAGAAAGACAAAACAGAUGCCGCCCCAGUUGUGGCAGUUGGCGUCUCUGAGAAGGAUGUGUCUCAGGCCCAAGUUGCUUUGGGAAAUAGUCGUAAUGCAUCCUUUGAGAACACACAAUCGACAGACUUGGCAGAUGCUAAUCAAAUGGGGAAUAUUGCACUUGAAUCUGUUGGGAUAGUACCAGCAUUGGCCAUGAAAACUGAACCAGAUGAGGUGGAAAAUGUGAACAGUGAAUGCAAGACGUUAAAGAAGAUAAAAAACGAGAAGAUGGAAUCUCCUGUCUCCACGCCAGCUCCUCCCCCCCUCCACCUCCUGGCCACGGUUGGCAACAGCGAAAUCGCCUCACCAUGUGAGCAGAUAAUGGUGCGCACGCGCUCAGUGGCGGUGAAUACGUCUGACGUGGCCCUGGCCACGGAGCCAGAGUGCUUGGGGCCAUGCGAGCCUGGCACCAGCGUCAACCUUGAAGGCAUUGUGUGGCAAGAAACGGAAGACGGCAUGCUGGUGGUCAAUGUCACUUGGAGAAACAAGACAUAUGUGGGCACCUUGUUAGACUGCACACGGCAUGACUGGGCUCCCCCCAGGUUUUGUGAAUCACCUACAAGUGAUCUGGAGAUGAGGAACGGCCGCGGCCGAGGUAAGCGAAUGAGACCGAACAGCAACACCCCGAUCAACGAGAACAGCAACUCAUCAGACAACAAGGGUGCCACCAACAACAAGACGCGUGCCGCCUCGACCACCAAAGGCCGGAGGGGCAGCCAGACACCCUCAGAGCGCCGCACCCCUCCAAACAGCAACACAGAGGACAUCAAAGCCAGCCCUUCCUCAGCCGGGAAACGCAAGACCAAACCUGCCUCCGACAUGGAGCCCAACUCCAGCUCAGAGGACACCAAAGGCAACAAACGCAUGCGGACAAACUCCAACAAUGGAGGAGUGGGAGCCGCAGGUCUCCCGAUUCCUUCUGUUAAGACAGAAUCUCUUCCACCUCCUCUUGAUCGCAGCUGCCCGUCUCCGGUUCUUAUUGACUGUCCACAUCCCAACUGCAACAAAAAAUACAAGCACAUUAAUGGACUGAAGUACCACCAAGCCCGUGCCCACAAUGAUGAUGAUAUAAAGUUGGACUUAGAUGGAGACAGUGAAUAUGGAGAGGAUUCAACUCUCCAUCCUGAACCGGGAAACUGUAAUGGGGCAUCUAUCUCUCAGAAAGGAUGUUUGUCCCCAGCACGUUCAGUUACUCCCAAAGGCAGGAACUUUGAUGCACAAAGUCCUUCCCCAUCUCCUGGCAAGUUUGGUACAAAGCAGAGUAAAAAGAAAAUAGUCGAGGCAGAUCCAGACACAGGAGGUGCACCGAUGGAUGGCUGCGAGGAUGGGCCAUGCCUUACUGAUGAGGCUAGUAACGAUGGUAUAGAGGAAAAGAGAGGAUCGGAUAAGUCUAAAAAGGCUAACACUGGUACAAAAACUGAUAAAAUUGCCCAGAAAAACUUGAAGUCACCACGUCCUAUUGGCCCUGGGCCACCAGGAUCGCAACAGAUGUAUCCCUUUCCACCUGGGAACCCAAAUUCCUCACCAGGACUUGCCCCAAUGAUACAGGGAAUCCCUAAGAGCCCCCAAAUGAAAGGGGCACAGCCUAAGCCCCCUGCUAUUGGAGAUCCAGCUACAAGUAGCUCCAAAGACAAAAAGAAGAAAGACAAAAAGAAAAAGGAUGGCGGAAAGGACGCCGAUAGCCCUAAGCCUCCAGGAAAGGGUGGGAAACUUGAAGAAGCAAAGCUUCCAUACUCUGAGCCUUGUGAUCAAGGGAAUAAGGGAGAUGGUCUACUCAAUGGUUCCUCAGACCCUCAUCAGAGUCGCUUGGCCAGUAUCAAGGCAGAGGCUGACAAAAUUUACAGCUUUUCCGACAAUGCCCCUAGUCCGUCGAUUGGUGUUGCCAGUCGGAUAGAUGGCAGUGGAAUGCCACAACCUCUCACACCACUUCAUGUGGUAAACCAAAAUGGUGCUGACAACUCUUCAGUCAAAACCAAUAGCCCAGCGUAUUCAGACAUUUCAGAUGCUGGGGAGGAUGGUGAAGGGAAACCAGAGGGUGUCAAAGUCCGGACAGAUGACCAAACCAUCAGGGAAAGCGUCAAAAAAGCACUCUUUCCAAACCAGACGCCAAACAAAGAUUCCCCUUACUAUACCAGUUACGACACUUAUUACUCCCCUAAUUACGUCAACCCCAGUCCAGGCGGUCCAAAUCCGGUUGCACCAGCGGCCGAAGGUCAGGCUAAGAUCAAAAGAGAAGAUGAACAUGACCAAGUUGAGGAAAAGGUAAAGGUUGAAGUUCAUGAAGAACGAAAAUCUGACCCCAGUCCUGCUGGCCCACCGCAACAGCCCUCGGUCAUCCAGCAGCGGUCAAACAUGUACAUGCAGCCAUUGUACUACAACCAGUAUGCAUAUGUACCUCCAUAUGCAUACAGUCCUGAUCAAGCCUACCAUAACCACUUGAUGAAUACCAACCCAGCCUACCGGCAGCAGUAUGAGGAGCGGCAGCGGCAGAUGGCUGAGCAGCAUCGAGCUGCUGAGAAGAAGUCAGAUGCUGCCAUGAAAGAGCGAGAAGCCGCCAUGAAGGAGGAGUGGAAACAAAAAAGCCCAAUGCCGCCAAACCUCUCCAAAGCCUCAAGUCAGUCAGAUCUUGGAAAAGUACCACAGCCGCCAAGCAAAUCCAGGGACUCACCUUCUGAGCUGUCCUCUAAAUCCAUUGGAAGCAUAAAGGGGGAGGAUCCAAAGUCCCAGCAAUCUGAGGGGCUGAAGAUGAAACUGACGGAAGGGGGUCACCAUGGAAAGGAAGACUCUAUGCAGGCUCUGGAGUCCAGAGGCCAGGCUGGGAUGGAGCAGGCCAUGUGGUACAGACAGCAGUACCCUGAGAGCCAGAAGCUCCAACCAGAGGAUGAACACCAGCAGCAGCAGCAUCGCAGGAAAGACGAAAGGGAACGGGAUCGGAAAAUAAAAGAAGAAAGGCCCAGGACGAAGGACAGUCAAAGUGGACCCAAGGAGGAUGGAAAAGACGGCAGUGAUCCCAGAAUAAGUGUUGAAGACCAUCGAGCCAUGAGCAAAGACUCUCGUUCUAACCCCCACAUGCAGUUCACUUCACCACUAGCACAGCACCAAGGCUACCUGCCCUACAUGCAUGGUUAUCCCUAUGGACAAGGCUAUGACCCCAACCACCCGGGAUACAGGGGCAUGUCUUCAGUCAUGAUGCAGAAUUACCCAGGUUAUCUAUCUGGAGGUUACCCGUUUUCUUCGUACGGGAGUAAAAUAGCCGGAGGUGAGGAAGGCAGCGAUAAAUCCCGUGCUAGCCCCACUGUCACUAAAUCGGCAAUGGACUCCAAAGCCCUGGACAUCCUUCAUCAGCACGCCAGCCAGUACAAGAGCAAAUCCCCCACGGUUGGCGACAAAACGCCCCACGACAGAGAACGGGACCAGGACCGAGGGCCUGCCAUAGACAGAGAGCGGGAAAGGGAGCGUGAGAGGGACAGAGACAGGGACGUGGACCGACCGCGCUCCUCGCCCUCCCAGCGGAUCAUGCCCUCCCACCACCACCUGGGAUACCCCCUGCUCUCAGGGCAAUAUGACUUGUCCUAUGCCACAGGGAAACCUGACCGUCACACCUCAACCCUGCAGAGAUUCAUGUGACUGGCUCACAUGAGAGCAACAUCCUCUGGUUGUUACCUUUUAGACAUCAGUUGAAUGGUGUUUCUAUCUUUAUUUUUUAGUUUCUCUGCCCCAAGGCAAGGCAGAAUGUUGUUGCUUUUUGUUUGUUUGUUUUGUUUUGUUUUCUUCUCCUCAUAAAAGACCCUGAAUUCUCCGACCCGAGGACUGUAACACAACUAAAAGUACCCCAGGUUCAAAGCCAUCGCUCUGCCCCUCCAUGCAGAGGAAACACCGACCCGCUGAUAAUCUAGUCUUUGCACUGUCGACAAAUACAAUGCAAACAGAGACUACCGGACUGCCAGAACAGCUUUACUUGUUUGUGUUUUCUGACUGCAUUGUUUCUUUUUGUCACGCAGAAGGAACUUGGCGGGGGAGUGGGGGGAUUUUGGGGAACUUGGGGUGAAUGAUGGGGAAGAGGCGUUGACUAAACUAAAGACUGGCUUACAGUACGCCAUGAAACAACAGUAUAUCCUUAACUUGACAAAUGUUUGGCUAUAUUUAGUGGGGGGGAGCAGGGGUAUGGUAACAGCUACUUUCCCCAGAGACUUAAAAACCUGAGACCGAAGUUUUUCCAUCUUCAUCGUCAUCAGUUCAAGUUUUUUGUUUUGCUAUUUUCUUUUUUUAAGAAACUCUCACAUGUAGUUUCAGGGAUGACGGCGUCAUGUUUUAGCGAAGGGACCGCUCACACCUCAUGGAGAAACAAAACAACAUAAUUCAUGUCUCCUGUUCUCUGUCGGCUCUCUGUCAUAUCAUUGUGUCCAUCUUUGGAAGUGUCUGAUGCUGGUUUCAGGCAUGUUUCUGGCUUUUUCCCCCCUUCACCAUUGAAAGGAGUCGCAUCCACUCAGACGGUAAAGCCACAUCAGCAAGUGAUCAGGCCACACAGGCGGGAAGGGGUUGUUUGGUGACUGCGCUUCUUUCACUCUGAUUGUUUCCUGUAAACAAUGUAAAAUUUGGGCUCAUGUGUUUUUUCUGCUGUAAUAUAGGCUUUUAACCUUUCUGUGCAUAAAUGUUUAUAUUUAUCCAAGCAUGCAACUGUUGGAGAAACUGUUAAAAAUCGGUCUGCUUUUGCCACAUUGAGCUCAGAUCAUUUCUGCCGCUGGAUGUUUUGUGCGUUUUCUUUGGUGUUUUGGUUUUCCUCGUCUUGCCUUGCUGGGUUUACAUCUCCAAUCACCCCCAACAUGUGCAGUCACACCUAUAAAUUACUGUCUCUGCAACGCCAAACUGCUGAUCCAGUCAGAUGAAGUGAGAACAGAGGGAAGUCGGGGUGAUUUUUUAGGCAGAUGUGAUCAAGCAGGGUUUUUCCUCUUCUGUUGCUCAUGUGGCUUCACCGUAGCAAACACUCAUCUCAGACAACCCUCCGCAUGUUUCCUGUCUAGUAACGUGAACUCACUGCUAGAUCAAAUCCAUGAUAAGUGCAUAUGAUGACCAAGCUGCUCAUUAUCCACAACACAUUUUGACCGCUUAAUCAAAAAGAAAGGGUAAAUUAAGCGAACUGAGAAGCAGCACAUCUUAAAACAUGUGGGCCCGCUCCAUAAAUUCCCAGCCUGGUUAGCUUUAAGCCGUGCCCUGUUCUACCAGAGGCUUUAAAUUACACGGCUGUGAAACCACAGGGGUUUUAAGUGAAAUUCUAUCCAUAUGCUGCUCACAUUGAUUACAGGUUACUGAUUGUUGAAGGUUUAAGGUAAUACCAUCCUGUUUGAAGCAUUUCAAUGACAGGAUAUUGACCAUGUUGUCAUUUUAUUUUUUAUUUUGUUUUUAGAAAUAAUUUUAUUUCCCCCAUGAUUGUAGUUCUUAUUUUCCCAACGAAUCCCCCCACCAACAGUGAAUCAUGCCUAACAAGCCCCCACCCCCUCCCCGAAGCUGUAGGUUCGGCAUCCAAACGAGGCAUUUCUCACAAUUAAGAAACUGCAGCUCUUCAUUUUGAGGUUCAUGGACAUUCCAAGUGAAAAAGUUACCAGUUUGUUCCCCCAAGGGAAGGAAAAUAAAGAAGUUGACAGGACGGUAUAUAUUUUGACUUUGUGCUCAUUUUAAAGAAGAAUGGCUGACAUGAUUUAAAGCUGAAUGUGGUGGUGUGUGACUUGUACUUAAUCUGUAAGGGUAAUCUAGGCAGCUGUGAUGUUGUCAUUAAAGUCAGUGGGGUUUUAGUACCAGCAGACUGCAUAUAGUUUUAUCAGGCAAUGGUUGUAACAAGUGCAUUUGUUCUCUCUCUCGCUCUGAGAGUAGUGUUAUCUCAGUAGUAAACAAAGCCCAGUGAAAACCAUUUAUUCUAAAGUGUAUGAAAAGCCAGAAAAGUAACGUUUGCUAUCAACAUAUUGGAAAGUGCUUGGCUCUUGUAUUUUGCAGGACUGUAUUUGUUUCAUGGUGAAGAGUAUAUUUAUUGGCCAGCAGUUGUCUCAAUUGGUGCCUAGUCGAACAUUCUUCUGUGAAAACACAGAGACACUUGCUCGUUUGUCUUUUCCCUAACCCACCUCCUGUCACGCGCCCCUCCCCCUUCGCCUCCACCCCCCUAUUAACCCCACUGACCUGCUCCCCCACCCCCCACCCCUCCAGAAGUACCAGAGCUGGUGCUUGCAAGGAUGUUUACAAUGUCUUCAUUUUCUUUCUGUGUGAGAAACUCUUCUCCUUCUCCUCCAUUGUCUUUCCCUUCAGGAGUUUGUGUAAAGUGUACAUUACCAUGGUUCUUUUUUAUACAAUACUCUGUAACUUGCCUUUGUAAAUUUGGGCUGGAAAAAAUAAAUCUUUUUAUGAGACAAUC